UUGACGUGAGAAUGAGAUGCAAAAGAAAUGAAGAAAUAAGAGGGACUUGGAGUGUGAAACAUGGAUUGUUCAUCGUAAAAUUGUCGGAACGGAAAGGCUGCUCCCAAAGUCUUCCCGUUUCCCUAACUCCUACACUACUCGUCGUCAAGAAAAUUCUUUAAAAGAAAACAUCUUUUUUCUUGGACCUGUUCUUUAUUCUCUGUCCCUUUCAGAUUUUGAAACAUUUUAACAAUUUAUAUUAUUAUCCUUCACUCUUCAUCUUCACAAGCUUGUCAAGUUCUUGUAUUUGUUUAAGCGCUCUAACUUUUGGGGAUUCUUCGCCUCUCAAUUUUCCAUUUCGGGGCUUCGAGUUUUUGGCUCAGUUGUCUCUAAUCUUAAUUGGAGACAAUGUCACAAGGCUAUGCAAUUGAGCUUUAUUUCGAUCCUGCUCUGGAAAAUCAGGUCUUGAAAGCCUGGAAUGUGUUGGCUCGUCGACAAAUCAGUACUCAGCUCAUUGAAAUUGAAUCAAGGCCUCACAUUACAUUAUACUCAAGUCCGUUUGCUGACAUUUCUAAACUUGAAAAUAUCAUGAAGAAUUUUGCUGCAAAGCAAGAACCUUUACCCAUGUCCUUCUCUUCAAUUGGUAGCCUCCCAAAUGAAAAUAACGUUCUUUUUCUUGCUCCAACUCCAACUUUGUCUCUCCUUCAGUUCCAUUCGCAACUGUGUGAUGCAAUGAAGAAGGAGGGUAUUGAAGUCGGGGACGAGCACCGUCCUGAUACAUGGAUUCCUUUAUGUCCAGUAGCUGAAGAAGUUCCAAAGAUUCGUAUGCCAGAGGCUUUUACUGUUUUACGUGAUCUGAAGCUGCCAAUUAGUGGACAUGCAAUGGAUAUUGGGUUGGUCGAGUAUCCCCCUGUUCAUGAGCUGUUCUCUUUCAUGCUGGGUAACACUGCUGAGUAAUGAGGUUUUGGAGAUGCUCUUCUGUUAAUGUUACAUUAGGCAUUCUGGUUUUUCAUUUGGACUGUUAUUUAUAGUUUUAUUGUUUUGAAAACUGAUUUUUAGACUGUAAUAUGGUGCUAUAGUAACAAAAAGUAAUCUUGAAUUCACUUAAUAGUUAUAUGAGUUUGGAAGUAUUUUCCAAAUUGUGC